AACGGCCCAUAUUCAACACUGGUUCCAACAUUCACUCGUCUCCUCUAAAACGCAUUCAUCGCCUCAUUAAAAAACACAUUUCAUUCAUCCUCUCCCUUCUGACCUCAAUCGAUUCUUGAAAAUGGUUUCCGCGCGUGAGGAGUUCGUGUACAUGGCCAAGCUCGCCGAGCAAGCCGAGCGCUACGAGGAGAUGGUGGAGUUCAUGGAGAAAGUCUCCGCCUCCGUCGACGGCGACGAGCUCACCGUCGAGGAGCGUAACCUCCUCUCCGUCGCUUACAAGAACGUGAUCGGCGCUCGCCGCGCCUCGUGGCGCAUCAUAUCCUCGAUCGAGCAGAAGGAGGAGAGCCGCGGCAACGACGACCACGUCGCGGCGAUCCGCGAUUACAGGGGGAAGAUCGAGACGGAGCUGACCGGAAUCUGCGAGGGGAUACUGAAGCUGCUCGAUUCGAGGCUGGUCCCCGCCGCAGCUUCAGGUGACUCGAAGGUGUUUUAUCUGAAGAUGAAGGGGGAUUACCAUAGGUACUUGGCUGAGUUUAAGACUGGUCAAGAGAGGAAAGACGCCGCUGAGAAUACUCUCUCCGCUUACAAAUCUGCUCAGGAUAUUGCGAAUGCAGAGCUCGCUCCAACUCACCCAAUCCGUCUAGGUCUGGCACUCAACUUCUCUGUGUUCUACUACGAGAUCUUAAAUUCUCCUGAUCGUGCCUGCAGCCUCGCUAAGCAGGCCUUUGAUGACGCGAUUGCGGAGUUGGACACUCUAGGUGAAGAGUCGUACAAAGACAGCACCUUGAUCAUGCAGCUUCUCCGUGACAACCUCACUCUCUGGACAUCCGACAUGCAGGAUGAUGCUGCGGAUGAGGAGAUCAAGGAAGAGUCAGCUCCAAAGCCAGCUGAGGAACAGCAGUAAUCAAAUCUUUUUGACUGAACUGCUGUUUUCUAGGGGUUUGGAACUUUUAUUCAUUUCAUCGUAAUCCCUAGCAAGUUGAACCAUCAGUCAUCAUCUUUUAUCUCUUUGCCUGAUUUUCUCCUUUUUUUAUUUGUUGUUGUUCUGUCUUUUUGUUGUUAUUGGAUAUGUCUAUUUCAGUGUCUGCUAUCGAACCUUGCUUUGUGUGUUUCUAAUCAAUUUGAAAGGCUGUGUCCUUAUCUU